CCCAUCCUGUCCUUUUGGAAAUAAGGAAGGUGACACUGGCAGAGGGGAUUUCUUCCCAGCCUUCUUAUUGGCCCUUUGUCUCCCCUGGUUUCCUGGGGACUGGGGCCAGGGAAUAAAGGCAGAGACCAGAGGGAAGGAGCCUGUUGCUGCUCCGGUGAGUUCUCUGACUCCUUCUUUGGACUGCACCCGGUGAUGGAGACCCCACUCGAGAAGGCUCUGACCACGAUGGUCACCACUUUCCAUAAAUACUCGGGGAGAGAGGGCAGCAAGCUGACUCUGAGUAGGAGGGAGCUGAAGGAGCUGAUCAAGAAGGAGCUGUGUCUUGGUGAGAUGAAGGAGAGCAGUGUGGACGACCUGAUGAAGAGUUUGGAUAAGAACAGCGACCAGGAGAUCGACUUCAAGGAGUACUCGGUGUUCCUGACCACGCUCUGCAUGGCCUACAACGACUUCUUCCUGGAGGACAACCAGUGACGGGGCCCAGGCCCUGGCCUCUGCAGCUCCUAUCACACACCCUUCCAGAAGGAUGCUGCUUUAGCCUUCCAUUCCCGCAGAGGAAAUAAAGAUUUUCCUUUCCAGGG